AUGUUCCCUCCACCACACUGUUGUUACCAAAACAUGCCAUGUUUCCAAAAUUUCACGACCUUACCUCCUCCCUAUCCAGUGAUAGACGACUUGACGGCACCCACCGCAAUCAUCGGGGUCACUAUUAAUGAGCUAUGGCUCAAACGAGACGACAUGUUCUAUAACAUGAACCAUGAAAGCCUGCUGCUUCGUACCGACACAAGAGCGCUAUACAGAUUAACGAAUUUUCAUCUUCAACGACUGGACCUCGCCUUUACCAUGAGUAACGACUAUGCCACGCAACUGGCCCUGAAGCUCAAUCAGGUGCAGGCGGACAUGAACAGCUGGCGAGCUGAGCGACGAGGUUGGGAAGCGGCUAUCCUUGCAGGAAACGGCAUGCAGCCAUCCAUUCUCCAAGGGCUCUCCAAGCAGAGGAAGAAAAGGAGACGCGGGCUUGCUUCCCAGAAGACUUUGCUGGCUACCUCCCUGAACACACUGAGGAACACCCUAUAUUCCUGCACCCCUUCCACCAUAAGAACGAAAAAGGCUCCCUAUGAACGCAGCUGCGCGCCAAGCUAG